AUGGCCCAACAACCGAUCGUAGUUGCUGCCGGAUUUGUAAUAUUUCGGCGGCUCCAAAAUCAUAUACAGUAUCUCUUACUGCAAGCUUCAAAUGGUAGACAUCAGUGGACUCCUCCUAAAGGUCGCGCUGACCCAGGUGAGACUGAAAUGGAAGCAGCUCUCCGAGAAACACAGGAAGAAUCUGGGUUUGAGAAGGAUCAAUUGAUCAUCAUGGACCAGUUUAAGAAAACUCUGGAAUAUAAAGCGUGGGGUAAACCUAAGAAAGUGGUAUACUGGUUAUCAGAGCUGAAGGAUCCUAAUACACCUGUGAAAUUGUCAGACGAACAUCAGAGCUAUGAAUGGUUGGAGCUGGACAAGGCUUUGGAAUAUGCCUCCUACCCAAAUCAACAACAACUCUUAAAAGAAGCUCAUGAGUUCAUCCUCAAACAGUCUUAACGUGGAAUCAUUUGCAUUUAGCGGUGUAGUUAUAUAUAGGGUAACUGUUCAGCCUUUAUCAUGUUUAAGGCAUUUGUUUCAUUUAUGUGGGAUCAAGAUUUCCCGAAUUCCCAAACAGCCUACACUACUGGUACAUCAGUCCACUGCAAAAAUCUGUAGCUCUGUACUUGAAGGUUACACGAAACAGUUUGUUUUAAUUUCUUAAUAUGCAGUGAAGGAUGUGCCCUAACAUAUUAAAGUACAAAAGGCUUCAUAGCUCUCAUCUUGAGACAUAAACAUGGCUUUAAACACAAGCGAUCAGCCUCGAACUUACCAAGUCUGCAGUGACAUCAUUGCUGAUAGGAUUAGUUAUCAAAACAACUCCGGGGGAAAGCCCAAAUUGCACAAAAUAGAAGGGUUAUUAAAACAAUAUAAAAUAUGCCUUAAAAUUAUUUUUAUUAUUUUUUUUUUGGCAUAUCUUAUCUAGAUAUAGAUCUAGAUUUGGCAUAUCUUUGGUAUAUCUUUUUUAUUCCUUUUAAAACCUUAAUCUUUGAUUGAGGGUUCCUUUUCAUGUAUCCUUUAUGCAGUCAAAUGUUUGAUGCUAUCAUCAGGAAAGGCUAAUGCUUAGGUUGAUACUCAUCCUUUAUGUCUGGUUGUUUCGUAUGUAUAUCAUGUGAUCUGCGUGGGACUUAGCCAAGUUUCCCAGUCCAUAAACUUGACUGCAUUUACAUAAGUCAGAUGUUCUUUAAGUCUUGUGCAAGUAAUCAUCAUCACAAUAGAAGAUAAUGUAUCAUUUCUGUAAAGUUUUGAAAUCAUUAACCAUGUCUUAUAUAGAAUUAUUCCAUAUUAUAACCGAUGAUAUUUUUACCAUUUUCAUCAAGGAAACGGAAUUACUGAAGUGGUUAUUCUUGUUUUGAUAAUGUGUGUAAAGACUUAAGAGCAUUGCAAUGUUGAUAUUCCACGUUUGUAAAAUAAGAAUUGUCAUUGUCAAAAUUUUAAGCUUCUUCAUUUAAGACACUUUGAACUGUAGCCUUUCACUGGAAAUAAACAUGAACCAGCUGGUGUCUUAUGUUUUAAUAACAGCUUUAUAUUGCUCACAUUUUCUACCGAUAUACUUUGACACAUGAUUUUUAGAGCAUCUUUGUGUUGAUAUUUUUGUAAGUGUGAAAGAAAUCAAAUGACACAUGUAAAAUAUUACUUAUCACUUUAUGUUAUUGUAUUCAGUUCACAUGAAUAAUUAUUAUCUGACCUUGAAAAUGUGCACUGUCUGUUACCAAAUCUUGUUAACUGGUUAUUCUAUUGUAGAUAAAGUGAUAAGCUUUUAAUUAAUGGUUAGAUCUGGAUUAUCUAAUCUUACAUGCUCUUCUGCUACCAGAUUUUUUUCAGUAGCAAGGCUUGUAGCAAGUUGAUGGAAUAUAUACCAUGGAAAGAAGGUUUUCAUUAAUGCAAAUUCUGGAUAGAUUGGCAUUUUUUAAAAUAGAUGUUUUUGUAUUUUAUCUGCACUGUUAUUAUUUGAGCUUAUUGAAGGGAAGUGGGGCCUCCAUGGCGGAUUGGAUUAGCUUGGCGCAUUGAUUCAGGAGCCCCUCACGGAUGCGGUCGCUUUGAGUUCAAGUUCAGUUCGUGCUGACUUUCUCUCCGGCUGGCCAUACGUACGCGGGAAGGUCUUGCAGCAACCUGCGGAUGAUCGUGGGUUUCCCACGGGUUCUGCCUGGUUGCCUCCUACCAUAAUGGCGGCCACCGUCGUAUAUUAGAGAGGUUAAGAUGCUCGCCAACGUUAUCUCUGCAAAUCUGGGCCGCACCGUUUCCUCGUUUUUGAGCUGAAUGAUACUUACUCGGAAUACAUUUCCGAGUCAAUAUUUGGAGGUUUUAUCUGUUUUGGUGUGAAAUAAAAGUGAUCUAUCUUAAGUAUUGAAGUUUACUUGCAAAAUGUAGAGGUUAAGCGGAGAAAAUUUAAUAUGCAUGUAUUUUUUGCAUAAGGCACUAUGCAAUAGUGAUAUAGCUUACAUGCCGCAGUUAUCAAACUCAGUCCAUGCCGGAAACAUGUAAACAGCGUUCUGUUGUGCACCAUUCUUAAUAUAUAUCAGCAGUCACUUCAUAAAAAAAUACAGCAUUGGUCUAAUGUAGUUGGUGGACGCAACUCGUGCAAUUCGAGUGGCCUAACAGUUUUCGUA